AUGGGGGUAGCAGUGGUGGGCGGCCGCGCGGAGGGGGAAGGGGAGGUGGAGCUGAACUCAAUGCACUGCCGGCCUCACUGCAGGCCACCUCACUGGUACGCCCAUGGGAGAGGAGUGCAUGUCGGCCUCUCUGUCGGCCUCUCUGCCGGCCUCUCUGCCGGCCUCUCUGCCUGCCUCUCUGGCGAGGGUGCAGAGGAGGAGGAGGAGGAGGAGGAGGAGGAGGAGGAGGAGGAGGAGGAGGAGGAGGAGGAGGAGGAGGAGGAGGAGGAGGAGGAAGAGGAGGAGGAGGAGGAGGAGGCGGAGGAGGAGGUGGAGGGGGAGGCGGCGGAGGAGGUGGAGGAGGCGGCGGAGGGGAGAGGGGCGGACGCAGUAGAAGGUGGCGCGGAUGGUGGUGUUGGUACGCCCAUCAGGUGGUCCAUCAGUGUAUCGCCUGAGCUGAACUCACUCCUGCACACACUGCUGCUGGCCCACCCUUUUCCUCCCCUCCAUCCCCCUAUGCCCUCUCCCUUACCCCAGGCUCGCCCCCCAGGUGGUAUGCCCCCCCACCAGUCACUCAAUCCCCGUCCACAUCCCCCUUGUUCCCCACACCGGUGCACAUCCACCCUCCUCCUUCUCCCACCCCCACCCGUGGGAGCAGGGAGCAAUGCAGCGGCGGAUGCUGGCAGGGCUGAAGGAAAUGCCUCCUUUUCCCUCCCUCGUCCCUCCUUCCCCUCAACCCCCAUGCAUGGCAGCACACAGCAAUGCGACGGCGCUUGCCUGCCAACAGGGUUGCAGGAGGUGGGGGUGGCGAACAAAGCUCAAGUCCAGGGCUGGAGGUUGGCCCACCUAGAGCUUGGGGGCGGUCUUGACGCGACCCUCUCAUCCAUCAUCAGAUGCCGAUGCUCACAGCAUCCACCAGGCGCUCUUGAGGCUCCCUCCCGACGCCACCUCGCUAAGUCACAAAUCCCCUCCUACGCGUGGCUCAACCUAGCCAUCCCUAGCAUACCCUCGCCGCGACCUACGCCGUCGCCGCCGUUCCCUCUCCCCGCCGCGAUUACGCCCUCCUCGCCUGCGGAUCCCACCGCCGCGAGCGCUUCGCCGCUGCCCCCCCCCCCCCCCUCCUCCCGUCGCCGAGACCCCUCGUCGCCGCCUCCCCCUCCCGCCGCCGCGCCUUCUCCGGCGCCACCUGCGCAUCCCACCGCCGCGACGCCUCGUCGCCGCCUGCCCAACCCUCCACCGCGACCCCCCGUCGCCGCCUCCCCUUACCGCCGCCGCGCCCGCUUCGGCGCCGCCUGUGCAUCCCACCCCUGCGACGCCUCGUCGCCGCCUGCCCAUCCCUCCGCCGCGACGUCACGUCGCCGCCUCACCUUACCGCCGCCGCGCCUGCUUCAGCGCCGCGUGCGCAUCCCGCCGCCGCGACGCCUCGUCGCCGCCUGCCCAUCCCUCCGCCGCGACGUCACGUCGCCGCCUCCCCUUACCGCCGCCGCGCCUGCUUCGACGCCGCCUGCGCAUCCCGCCGCCGCCUUCCCAUCCCUCCGCCGCAACGUCACGUCGCCGCCUCCCCUUACUGCCGCCGCGCCUGCUUCGGCACCGCCUGCGCAUCCCGCCGCCACGACGCUUCGUCGCUGCCUGCCCGUCCCGCCCCCGCGACUUCGCUGUCGCCGCCUGCGCAUCUCGCCGCCGCGACUGCUCGUCGCCGCCUGCGCAUCCCGCCGCCGCGAACUACUCGUCGCCGCCUGCCCGUCCCCCCGCCGCGAUUUCGCAUCGUCGCCUCCCCUCCCCGCCGCCGCUACCGCACGCCGUCGCCCGCGCAUCCCGCUGCCCCUACUGCCCCGCCACCCGGCCGCAAUUUCCGAUGCCGCAACUGCACCGCCAGCCACCCGCAUAUCCGCCGCCGCGACCACACCGUCGCCGCUUGCGCUUCCCGCCGCGGCGCCUGCUUGUCCCCGCUUGCCCACACCACCCCCUGCAGAUUCCACCGCCGCAGCAGCCGCUUCAAUGCUUGCCGCGGACCGCUCGGCUGUCAUUUGGCACUCGUUCGUCGGGAGCAUCCGCCGUGUCCUCCAUGAUGCCUUCGUUGGACCCUACUGCGUCCUCGACAUCCUCCUCCGCCGCCCGCACGCUCUCCAGCCCAAGGCACCCAUUCACCCCGCUGCCGCCGAUGCCACCUUCCUCCACGGUCGCCGCGAGUACCUCAUCCACAAGGCGGAGUAUGAAGUUGUGGUGCAUAAUCACGACUUUGCAACAGCGGAACGUGCCACUCGCCUGGCGUUACUUAAUGAGUAUAACACGGCCAUGGCAGACUACCUCCCCAAGAGCAUCACAUGGGCCACUGCUGACAACCGCGCCUGCACCAUCCUCCUCGGCGCACUCCCCGACACCCUCAUGCGCCGCUUCCAGGCUCGAGAGAUGCGCGCCUCCCUAAUUUGGGCCGAGCUCCAGGCGAUGUUUGAGCGUCGCGACAUCAGCUCUGUCGGCGCCCUUUUCCAGGAGUACUUCUCCAUCACCCUUGCCAUCUGUGACGGCGCAGUCGACUACGUGAGGCGCAUGCAGGAGGUCGCUGAUCGCCUUGCGGUGCGCCAAGCUGCCCUCCCCGAGCCACUGCAAAUCCAUCGCCUCCUCUACAACCUUACCCCGGACUACGAGUCCCGCCUCCAUGCCUUCACUGAGGCAAACUCCAUGGCCGGCCUCAACGACGUGGUCCAGUGGAUCAUUGACACGGAGUGUCCCCGACACUUCGGGUAG